AAGAGUUGAAUUCCAUUUCCCUCAAUCCAAAAUAACCGAUCUAUUCUCCUAAAACAAACAAAUUAAGCACAAAAACAUGUCUUUGGGAUCAUCCACAGCAGUUUUCUGUGUUGCAAUGCUGUUUCCCUUUGCACUUAUGGCUGUGCCAAUAAGCAUGGCAGGCACAGAACCUGUGAUGGAGUUGUACAUGCAUGACAUUCUUGGGGGCAGUAACCCUACAGCACGUCCUGUGACAGGGCUGCUAGGCAGCAUAUAUGGUGGCCAAGUGCCCUUUGCCACCCCAGUAGGGUUCAAAACCCCACAGGGUGCAAUUCCCAUUCCCAAUGCAAAUGGUGCCAUUCCCACAGUGAAUGGAGUCACUGGCAUUCCACUAGGCACUGGCUUGGCUGGCACUUUCUUUGCACCAAACAACAACAACAAUAACCAAAACAAUGCACAAUUGGAACUAGGACCUGAUGGAUUAGGGCUUGGUUUUGGCACAGUAACUGUGAUUGAUGAUGUGUUGACAUCUCAACCUGAGUUGGGAUCACAACUGGUUGGGAAGGCUCAAGGGGUGUAUGUGGCUAGUUCAGCAGAUGGGAGCAGACAGAUGAUGGCAUUCACAGCAGUUUUUGAAGGAGGGGAGUAUGGUGAUAGCUUGAACUUUUAUGGCUUGUAUAAGAUAGGAAGCACCAUGUCAAGAUUGUCUGUGAUAGGAGGCACAGGGAAGUUCAAGAGUGCAAGAGGGUUUGCUGAACUGAGAUCUCUUAUCCCACCAGGACAAGUUUCCACUGAUGGUGCUGAGACACUUCUCAGAAUCACUGUUCAUUUGAAUUGAACUACUGAACUAUGGUGAUGUGAUGUGGAUGCAUUUGUGAUCAGUGUUGGUCUUGUGUUUUUGUCAAUGUAUUUGGUUGACUAUGGAUCAUAGUAUGAUUGAUUAAUGGGAUGACUUAAUGAUCAAUAUUAAAUCUUAUUUUGGAAUGGCAAACAACUUGAAAGCUAGUGGCACAGGUCACCAGAUUGUAACAUUGAAUGAAACCAAGGUGUAUUAUUUAAAA